AGUUGUAGUCAUGAACGUAUCUUGUAGAUGUUGGAUAUAGAUAUAUUUAUAACAAAUAAAAACAACAACCAAGAAAAUAUAUACAAAAAAAAAAAACAAAAACACACACCAAAAAGAUAUAAACAAACAUUAAAAAAAAAACUUGAAAUUUAUUUUGUUUAUUUAAUAAUAUUCGCAUAUAAUAAAUUCUCUUAACGAAUGAAGAACAAAAAAAAAAUAAUAAUACGACACACUACUUGGUGAGAGCACAUAAACCAACCCCCACAUUUAACAACAACAACAACAAUGAAAAAGACACCAACAAAAGUAUGAUUUUUAGUAGUAUAAAUAACAACAACUGCAUGUGUAUUGUGUGGCCAAACGAACAAGAGUAGAGUUUUGCUUUCCAAGACACUUCGUUGUGUGUCUUUCGCCUUAAUGAAUGUUGUUUUCUAUCCGCCAUAGAACAGUUUUAGUAUAGAAUCUCGGAAUAAUCUUUACUCUAUAUUGAAAUUCUUGUUGUGUUGUGUUCUGUUCUUCGUUUAUAACGUUACGUUACAUUACAAAACAAUACGUUAAGUUUGGGUUCGUUUAAACGUUCGUCGCCUGGUUCGUUCGUUCGUUCGUACAUUUGUUUACUUUGUAGUGUAUUUAUUGUGUGUGUGUGUGUGUAUGUGAGUGAGCGAGUGUAUUUAUUUGGGUUUGUACAUUUUGCUAAUUCUCAUAAGAAUUUAUUAGAUUGUGUGUCGCCCAAGUGAGCAAACGCUUUGUAGUUAAGCCAAACGUCAAGUUGUCAAAAACACCCCUGCUCCCCCUCUCUCCUACCAAUCAACCAACCAACCCAUCUUACUUACACACUCAUUCAUUCAUUCUCCUGGUUAGAACUAUAGAAUAGAAGAAUAGAGCAUGUUCACUAAAUAAUACAAAUAUAAUUUUUCGCAAAACGUUAACGAGUGUUUAGUAUGAUUAUAAGCGUUUAUUUAAAAAGCUGAAAUUGACGCGUAAGCAACACUCGUGCUCUAAAACAAAAUAACCAAGUUAAAAAUUCUACAAAAAUAACUAAAAAAAAAAAUUAAGUUUUCAAUAAUAUUCAAAUAAAUAUUUCAACAAUUUUAUAAAAUUUAUUAUUUUAAUAAAACUAAAAACAGCUAAAAGUUAUACAUAUAUGACAACCUCAAUGUUUUAAAGAAAAACAAACUUCUUUGAAUGGCCUUUUUGAAAUUAAAACAUAAAUCAAAAAAUACUUAAGUGCUAAAAUAACAAAGUUUUGUUUUUUUUUAAAAAAAAAUAUCUCUUUAAAAAAAGUGGUCAUGCUGUAGCCUUUAAAGUUUUCUAACAAAUAAGGCGUGUAAUUCCUUAAGGAAUGAACCCGUUUAUACGCUUUAAAUUCAAUAUAAAAUAAAAUUAAACAUACAAAUUAAAGUGCCUCUUAAUUCAUUUAAAAAAUAUUCAAAUAAAUCACAAAGUGCAAUUUAAAAUACAUACAUAUUUGUACAUAUACAAAUGUAUAGAAAAAACAACAACAAACAAAUACAAAACUUCAAUUUAUAAUUUACUGCAAAGCAAAAAAAAAGAAAAGUAAUAAAUUCUAAUAAUAAAAAAAGUUAUUAUUUUACAACAAAAAAAAGGAAAAAACGUUAACCACAGUGCCCUUAUGCUACGAAAAUUGAAAUAAAUUUAUAAAGAAAUUAAAACAAUUAUUUUCAAACAAAUUCAAGAAAUCUUUUUAAACAACCUCUGGACUCUUGCAAGCAGUCUUUAAUUAUAUAAUCUGUUUUAAACAGAUUUAGUUUGCAACGCAUUGGAAAAUUACAUAAGUUUGAUUUGUUUGGCUUAUUUCAAUUAUUCUUUAUCUGUGACUACCGCACAACAACAACAACAACAACAACCACAAUAAUAAUAAUUUAAAAUAAAAAAUUCUACCUUUGGAUACAUUAUUUUACUUCAGCAAACAUUUUUGCUCGCUGGCUGUAUUUACUGCUGCUGCUGCUGGGUGCACUCUGCUGCAAAACAGUUUCGUGCUCAAGCCAAUCAGCUGUUUUUCAACCACAACAACAACAACAACAAAUAAUUACGCCAUGCAAAAUAUGAAAUAAUGUUGAAUGUUUGUACAUUGUAAUGGAAUUCCAGCAACAUUUCUUAAGAAUUUUACAAAUGAACUUUUGUAAUAAUAAUAAAAAACACUCAAACAAAUAAAUAAUAAAUAAUCAAAUAUAUAUAAACAAUUUUGCAAAAAAUAUUUAAAAAAAAAAAAGUAAAACAUUUUUUGUGACAACUUGUAACGAAGGCCUUUAACUGUGAUUUUAAUUAAUAAGUGUUUUAAACAAUUAGUUUGUAGUUUUUUUGUUUUUUUUUUUAAAUUUGUGAAGUUUGUGUUUAAAAAAAAGUAAUAAUUAUUCUUUCAAAGUAACCGUGUUAAAUAUUAUAAUAAGAAUAAGCAACAACAUGUUUAAUUUAAAUAUACCACCUUCAUCGUUAUUGGGUGUGGAGGGCUCUGGUGGUUUAUGCUCCAAGCCUAAUACACCCGAAAUUCUCAAUUCUCUAAUUGCCAUGACAAAUCCCCUGGAUAAUUAUAAUUUCGCUAACAACAUUAACUGCAGCAGCAACAAUAACUCGACAGCUACAACACCAGCCUCAGUGACAGUGCGCAAUUUCAAUGCAAAUACACAGAAUACCUCCCAGGAUAGCAGUCAUUCGAGUAGUUCUUCUACACCUUUAGAUUCACCUGCUGGCACAAAUACUACACCCAGUGUACAACAGACUUGUUCACAACUAAUUAAAGCUGGUCUCAAAUUGUCCAUACAAAGCAAACGCAAGUUAUCUACCUGUGACUCGAGUUCCGGCUCUGAGCAACCCAUGUCGAAAUGCUCACGAGCCAAUGAUGAGUUUGAUGACAGCACAGACGAUGACUGUGAUUUGAAGGCCACUUUGCCCAAGGGUCUGACACCUGAAGAUGAGGACAGACGCAGGCGUCGCCGUGAACGCAAUAAGAUUGCUGCCACCAAGUGCCGCAUGAAGAAACGUGAACGUACCCAGAAUUUAAUUAAGGAAGCCGAACAGUUGGACACACAAAAUGUUGACCUCAAAAGUCAAGUUCGUAUUUUGGAGAAUGAAAGGCGUAAACUUUUGGAAAUGCUGCAGGCUCAUGAGCCGGCCUGUAUCCACCAUGAAGGCUUAAAUUUACCCUCAAAACUGCUACAAUCACCAGCUUAUAAAUACUUGGUCGAUUUAAAUUUGGAUGACAACUCUUGCAAUUCUUCAAUAAAUGGUCUUAACUCACCUGCUAAUAUGAAUAACAAUGGUUCCACAAUUACAUCUAACUCCAGCUCACAGACUCCUACACAGCGCACCGUUAUCCCACCGAUGUCUACUAUCAAAUUUUCACGAAGCAAUGGUUUCAAGGCUACUGCUGCCGCCGUCUCCGCCGCUCUUACAAAUCCCGUUUCAAUAGUAUCUCAACUUCCCAGCUUAACACAAACUUCAACGCUAAAUCAUCACACUAGCCAACUGCCCAAUGGCUAUUGUAAGCCCUCACCCACGCCUCAGGAGUUGGGUUACUUGAAUUCGCCCUCUCAGGACAGUACAAGUCUGUGCAUACCAGGUUUGCACACUCCCACACACCUCACAACAACAACCACACCCACCGCCCACCACACAGUCAUCAGCAACUCCGCUUCCAGCCUUAUGGGCCACAGCAUGUCCGAUUACAUUCCAAAUUGCGACUCCAGUGGUUUAGGCCUGACUUUGGCUCACACACCCACCACCUGCACAACGCCAAUUGGCAGCAAUGGAGGCGACAACAGUGCUCUAUUAGCCAGUGUGGCCAGCCCCAUGUCUUGUGUCUCGACACCAACCACCGCCACCGAAUUUGUUAAAAACGAACUGGUCGAUUCGCAAAGCCCCUACACUACCGCCCAAUCGGCCGAAAGAUUUCUGUUCGAGAGCAACUGUGAUAGUUUUGUUGACAUCAAGCAUGCAGUGAAUGUCCACCAACCAGUCAAUCAUAAUCACGGAGGACCCACUCUGCUGCAAAACACAAAUAUAGGUGGCAACAUUUUGGAUUUCACCUCUUCCUUGAUGGGUGGCAAUGGUUCGGGCAUUGUCUCGUUCCAUGAUCACAUCUCCAUUAAGAACGAUUAUCUGCAUGAUGCCGAUUUGUUGGCCCAACUAACGGGCGAAGCAGCCGAUUUCGUUGACUUGGACACCGGAGUAGCGGCAGCGUUUAUGGCCAAUGGCGGUUGCCUAGCUUAAGUUUCUCUUCAACAAUACAGGGAGUUUACUGAUAAAACAUUUUCUUUUUUUUCUGUUAAUUUGCGGGUCAAAAACAAAGUGAGAAAAGGGGAACGUAAGUAACUCUUGAGAGAUUAUUUAAAAGGUUGGUUGCUAAAAGGCUAAGGGUCAGUGUGUGAAAGAGAAUGAGAAAGAGCGGAGAGAGAUAAGAAAGAUCGCUAUGAUUAUACAAGCCUAAAAAACUUCCAAAAUAUAAAUAAGGUUUUAGGGAGUUCGAUACAACAAUAUGGCUGCUAGCAUAGUUUAGGUUUUUUUUACUUACUUUACAAACAUAACAACAACCACGUCCAACUUUAUUUUUGCUUAACAUUCCCUUUCUAAACUCCCAAACAAACAACUUAAUUAUAUAAAAUUUUGUCUUCCAUUUAAUGUUGAUUUAAAGAGAACUAAAUUUUAAAACAACAACCCACCUUUGUUUAAAAAGAGAAUCAAUAAAUACAUAAAUACUUCCUUAAUUAUAAAAUUAAUACUUCCUGAACUCUGAAUUUUUAGUUUGGUAUCCCUUGGAUUAUUAUUAUUAUUUGUAUUUUAGUUUGGUAUCCAUCCCUUUGGAUGUCAGUGACAUAAAACGUGGUUGUCAUAGUAACUCGAAUACAUACACUUUUCAAUCGAAUUGGCAGCUUUUUUCGUUUAACCCUACAACCUUAAAAUUUUGGAAGCUUGUUAAGGCUCAACUACCUCAAUUUGUUAAAAAAAAAUAUAAAAAUUAUUUUAUUAAAAAAUUAAAAAAAAUGCAUUCCAUAAAAAAAGUUUUAAUUUAUUGCAAAAAACAAUUCAAAUGAAAAAAGUAAGAGAAUCAAAUAAAUUGAACCUACAACAGUAAUUAUUAUUUUUAAACAAACACAAAAUUAUUAUUAUUUCUUUAAGUAAAAAAGAACAGAGAUUAAAUGUAAAAAUUAUAUGAAAUCAAACAAAAAAAAAAGAAUGUACUAUUUAAUUGGCAUUAAAUACAAUAUAUAAUUAAAAAUUUAAUGAUAUUUCAUUAUAAGUGAUAAAUAUAACACAAAGUAUAAUUAAAAAAACAAAAAAAAAAAAUUAACACUAAAUAAAAUGCCUUAAAUGUGGAAAUUUCUAUAAAACUACUUUAAUAUACAACUCAUAAAUUUACUACUACUAAAUGUGCUCUUAUUUUAUUAAAGCUAAAUUUAAAAUAAAAUCAAACAAAACAGAACAGAUAUUAACUUUUCUUUUUAGGUGUGUUUAUUAAUAAGAAAAUUCCUUAAAUAAAAACAAAAUCAAUGAUAAUUAACUGUUAGUCAGAGCAGAGUAACUAAAUACUAAUUUAAUUUUCAACAAAAAGUGUCUUCAAACUAAUUUUUUUUUACAAAUUGGAAAAA